UUCCUAUUUCCAACCUCUCAUUGUAAGAUGCACACUUCCCACAUCAAAAGCUUGCAAAAGCUAUACAAAAUCAGGGCACUAAUAAUAUGAAGCUUUACCAUCAAUCCUACCUCCACUACAUCACGUUGAAAACCCGACGCCCUAAUCUCCUUGGCACUUGGCUCUGCCGAUGCAGCCAUGGAUAACAUGAGCCCUAUUGAACCUUCCCUAUAUAAAACGCCAACACAACACACACAGACGCGCAGAGUCUGAAAUGGCGCUUUAAGCCUUUAACCUACUUCACACACAUCGCCCCAUCCUAUCACAUGGUUCCUACAGGUGUAGUGACCACUUCCCUCCACGCAAAGCCACCGCCAUCGUCUAUCCUAGCACUGAAAGCGAUUCGAGAUUUAAAAGACGACGUGUUGGGUUUUAGGAGAACCAUACCUAUACACAACUCCUUGAGAAAGUCGAAACCUUUACCACAAAACUAUGCCUACCCAACAAGAACAACAAGACAGAGAUGCAUCUGCCCUGAACCAAACCCAGAGCCCGAAUGGAGUCAUCAUGUCCAACCCAACACCAGAAGAAACAACAACAACAGAAACAGUAGAUGAAACAGCAGUAGUAAGCCAGCUUCCGUUGGAUGUGAUUGGCCACAUCCUUAAACGCCUCCCGGCCAAGUCUCUGGCUCGGUGCCGAUGCGUGUGCAGGCCAUGGGUUACUCUGCUCAAAGGUUCCGCCUUUAUCAAAUCUCAUCUGCAGCGAAACCGAGCCAUGUUCCAAUCCGAUCUCAAGACAAACACUCGUCUCAUUCUGGCCAGGUAUUGUGACACCCUUUUGUCCACAACUGACUCGGACACCAAGAACGUUAUGCAAGCAGAGGAGCUCAACUUCCCUCUGGUAAAGAAUCUGCCUUAUUACGUUAAGGGUCACUCUGAUGGGUUGCUCUGCCUUGUUAUCAACGACGGAAAUGAGGGUAUGCUUGUGGUUUACAACCCUUCGAUCCAGGAGUACAGGAAGCUGCCAAGUCCUCCGGAUUUUCGAAGCACGAGGGAGGCGAUUGGGAUUGGUUAUGAUAAGAAGAUAGAUGAUUACAAGGUUGUGAGAGUGCCGUGUAACUAUUGCAGGAUGAAGGUGCCUGGUUACAAGCCUAAAGUUGAGAUCUUGGAACUCAAGGCUAAUGUAUGGAGGCAGAUCCCAGAGGAGGACACACCUCCUUAUUUCGUUGAGCAUGUUUUUCAGGCGGCUGAGGUGAAUGGUGGGCUUUAUUGGCUAGUUGAGGAUCAGAGAAUAGGAGAUGCCGUGAUUAUGAGGUUUGAUUUGACUGAGGAGAAGUUCAGGGUGGUUAAGCCGCCGCCGAUUGAGUGUUCCAGGAGUGUGGCCUGGAUUGGACCUUUGAAGGAUUGGCUGUGUGUGGUGCAUACUAGGAGGUUGAGUGAUAUAGAUGUUUGGGCUACUAAUGAUGACAAGACUUGGACAAAGUUGAUUACUACUUCCAAGUUUCCUAGAGUUCCAGAUAGAGAUCCGUUUAUGGAUUCGUUUCGAUAUAUGCCGCUGUGUUAUACUGAGACAGGUGCUGUGCUAAUGAGUGUAAGGGGGGAGAGGUUUCUUACCUUUGAUUGCAGCACCAAUGUUUUUGAGCAUAUUGACAUCCUCGGCGCCAAGCAUUGGCUGCAGGAGACUAUGUACUGCGAGAGCCUUGUUUCGCCUGGUGUUGGUAUUCAUCCGACCGAGGCGGCUGGGAGUUCAGCCACCGCUAUCAAUCUUCUUUCGGGUGAAGAUGAAGCAGAGGAGGACAAUGAGGAGGCUGAAAAUAGCAGCAGCGUUCUCAUGAUGAUGACUAGUUUGAAGAGGGAGCUGGCCAACUUGUUGGCUUGUACCGUUGGCCUCAGGCAUGCACAAGAAUGAGAGACUUGUUCCUACUUUCUUUUACCAGUAAGACUAGCUCAGAUUCUGUUUGCAUCUACCUGUUGUUUGACAUAAAUGAAUCUCAAGUCUUUGCUUUUAUAAGAAACAGAAGAGAGAAACACCUAAAGGCUCUGGAAUAUGGAUGUUUUACUGCAUUCAUCUUGAUCUGGAUUAAAUUUGACUCGUCAAAUUCUCAUAUAUGCAAUUAAAGUUUUGUUGCUU